AUGGCGUCUGAACAGCAAUCAGGGGACAUCAUUAGUGGCAACAUCAAUAACAACAGCGACAACAGCAGUGACAUCGUCAGUUCACAAGAGUCCACAGCUCUAUCUCCUGCCAACAUCCUCGCGUCUACAACCACGACACAGUUGCCCUCUAAAGAUAGCAGUAGCUUAGAUCUGCCCACAGACAAUCACACAUCUUCCCCGAGCAAUCAGAUUAAAGAUCGCCCUUUUCGCCAAACCGCGGAGACCGUUGGGUCAGAACUGAGCCAUAACUCCAGUGUGUUCUCAGACAUAUCGAGCAGGAGAUUUUCACGAAAACGCCAAGUCUCUGUCACUGAAGAAGACUCGCAGACAGAACACAGCGGCUUGGAUUGCUCCAGGUUUUCCGAUUCAUACUUUGAGCAGUCUGACGGAUCUUCUAGCGAUCCUCGCUGUCUGCUCCAUCCUUCAGACGGCAAGCACUCUUGCGCAGGAAAUCGGAAAAGGGCGAAAAGGCAGUCACAAUCUAUGGAAGACCUUCACAACCAACGAGUAUUGGCUAAUGUCCGAGAAAGGCAGAGAACUCAGUCACUAAACGAAGCUUUCGCACAGCUUAGAAAAAUCAUUCCCACGUUGCCUUCGGAUAAACUUAGUAAGAUUCAAACUCUGAAGCUGGCCUCCAGGUACAUAGACUUCCUGUACCAGGUGCUGAGAAGUGACCAGGCUGACCACAAACUGGCCACCAGCUGUAGUUAUCUGGCCACGGAGAGGCUGAGUUAUGCCUUCAGCGUGUGGAGGAUGGAGGGGGCGUGGUCGACACUCAGACACUGA